UGUUCCAGGGAGCAAGCUGGACAAAAAAGAAAAACGUCAAUCGACCUCUAUUUGCGUCAUGUAGCCACUGGUCAUUAAUGUGUAGCUCGUCCUUGUCUUUCCUCUGGCUAGGUCAUCACUCGUGUUUAAACAAACCGUAAUGUUUAGUGGCUUUGGGGAUAUUUAAACAGCCAUUACGCAAAGCCGACACUGUAUACACCUUACUCACACACUGGUGGGUGGUGCGCUUUUUGUGUUGCAAAUGCGGCAUAUGUGAUGAUUUUUUAAAUAAUGUUGUGAAGUUUGACGCUGGGUGAUUGCAGGCCUGCUCUAAAACCACCUUGGAGAUAUUAUUACGCUUUAAAGGCGCAGCGGCUCCUUUCUGAAUUAGGACAUGUGAGCAGGUUCACUCCUGGCACUCACGGUUAGCUCUCUCUAAUAAGAACGCAUCCUACUUUCCACACUGACAUUUAGGCUAACACUUAGUUUCAGGACAUUACUUCACAGAUUAAUCAGGUUGACGCGAGAGCGCAUUGUAAAUCGUUUCUCAUAUAAUCAUUAAUCAAGUUCAGUGCGUCCAGGAAGGCUUUGAGCAAAGGUUUCCUGGUGGGAAAAAAACAGUUCUUCAACAGGAGGCUGCAUUUUAUAUUUCCAGCAAAAAUGAUUGGACUUUGGAGGAUUAUUUCUAAUAGGAAUUUGCCAACACCUCAAAGAAAGCAGGGAUGUUUUUUUAUUGUAACAUAGUACUCUCUCAAGCAUCUUACCCCGAAGGUAAUGAAAUGUUCACCCUUCAGAGUCCAGCAAAGUGUUUAUUUAUCUAACUGGUUGAUUUGAUGACACAUAAAGCCCCCAAUCAACGCCGAACAGUAUCAGGAUGAUGUCUCAACUGCUCACUGCCAGUUGGCCUAUCAUCGAUUUAGGGGCCGGUGUUCGCAGCUUGACACCCUUCCAUUAAUAAUACAGUAUAGUGUUUUGUGGGGCUGGGGUCUCCCACCCUCUCACGCCACCAGAAGGGGGUGGAGACUGCGGCACCGAUACAGCUAGACCCUUUUUUUUUAAACGUUUCAUUAAGGAAAGGAAAAAAGUUUCACCGACUCACUGAAUAAAAGCUGGUGCUACAGGAUGUGGUCUCAUGCAAUAUUGGCGAGAUGUUGCGCGAGUUGCGCGAGUUGCGUGCGCCUGUAUGUGAGAAAGGGAAAGAGAGAGAGACAGAGAAGAGUGCGCGCGGUUGAGUGCGUAUGUGAAAGCGAGAGAAAAGUUGUGCGUAAUGGCUCGCACGGAUGGAAAGUUGCCAAAAUCCUUUGUGGUCGGACUGGUGUGGUGACAGCUGCCCCCUGUGAGGGAAAGUAGCAGGCUGAAAUUCUUACCGGUUUUAAUGGCGAGUUAUUAAUCCGCGUUGCCAGGCGGCGGCGGAGGAGGCACACAUUAAAGAGCGCCCACAUACCGAAGGAAACAGAAAGAGGUCCACAUGACGUGAUCCCUUUAAUGGAGGUGUACAACAAGAGUUUGUGUAAGCCUCGGGAGCUGCUGGUGGAGAUUCUGCAGGAGUAUCCGGAGGAGGUGGAGCACAUCUUCAUCCCGUCCUGCGUGGUGUUGACGCGCUGCGCCGGCUGCUGCAACGAUGAGAUGUUGCAGUGCAUGCCGACAUCCAGCUAUAACAUUACAAUGGAGAUUAAAAGAAUAAAACCCCAAAGGCAACAAAAUGAUAUUUUCUUGAGUUUCACAGAACACAGCGCAUGUGAGUGUAGGUUAAAGAAAGAAGUGAAAGAACAGAAAGAAAAAAAACCCCGGAAAGGCAAGGGUAAAGGCCAAAAGAGAAAACGAAAGAAAAACCGUGACAAAACAAUUCACGAUGCUCUUUGUGAACCAUGUUGUGAUCACUGCUCAGAGAGGAGAAAGCGAUUGUUCGUGCAGGAUCCCACAACCUGCCGAUGCUCCUGCAAACACACAGACGAAUACUGUAAAGAACGCCAGCUAGAGCUCAACGAGAGGACCUGCAAAUGUGAUAAGCCAAGGAGAUGAGAGAAGUGGCAGCACCAGAUGUACAAGAUGAAGGAAUAUUCUAGAGAUAUUUCACAGCACAGCACUUUGACGUUUGAACCGUAAGCUCUUCUUUUCUGUGGAAAGCAUUCCCCUUGGACUAACUGAGAGAGAACAAUAAGAAAGGCAGAAAGGCUCAACUGAAGUUUCCUCCCACUGUUUAUCUGUGUGUAUAUAGAUCAUGAUAAAAGAAAGUAAAGAGUACAGAAUUGUUAUGCUGCUACAGAAACAAAUAACUAAACCCAUCAUUUGAAAAAAGGCAAAUAGCCGCCAUGUGGUUUUGCAUUUCUAACAGGCUUGCGAUGCAGGUGUAGUCUUGUUGUCAAUUAAUUGUAUGCAAUUACUUCACUGGAUAUGAGUAUCUACUGUGGUUGUGUGUCAAUCAUCAAAUUGCAAAAUCUCUGAAGCUAAGAUAUAUUUAACUGCUAAAACAGCGGGUGAGGCUGAAGAGGACAUUGGAGCCCACUCUACUUUUAAAAAUAAUGGAUGGAUUUCGUCCGACGAUGUCUACUUUUGCUUUUGGAGUGAAAACAGCAGGACAACCGGGACAGUUUAAUUCGUCUCUACAUGAUAUCGCUUUCUUUUCCUGUAAGGACAUUGCAGGACUAAUGUGGACGCACACAAUGCCACCAUUGUGAUCAGCUUGCAGGAGAAGAGACUCUGGAGUGCCAUAUACGUUUAAAGGGAUACUGGUUAUCAAUAUAGCAUCUAAUGUUUUGCUAUGUCCUACAUGAAAACCACUGAAAACAUCCUAUACUGUAGUUUGAUUCCAUUUGAAAAACUGUGCCUCACAAAAUGUACUGAGAAAUCUUUUGGAGUGCUUUUUAAAUUAUUUUGUGUCUCCUUUUAAAGGAGAGGGGAUUGUCAAAGUAGUUUUGUUAGUUGUUGAACUCAAUACAGAAUCCUUUGAUUACAUAUCUUUUUCUCUGUAAAUACCUAAUAUCCCUUUAUGCCAUAGUCCAUUCUAGAUAAUUUAUAAUGUUAUAGAGUAUUUUUCAGUAUUCAGUCUUCUACCCAUAUUUAAUUUGGUCUAUUUAUAUAUGCAGUGUUAUGUACCUGUGGCUGUCCUAUCUCCCCCUAUGUAUAAGGUCACUGAUGGCUACUCUCAGCACGGAGAAUCUCUGUGCUUUUCUACAAAAAAAUAACAAAAAAAUCAACAAAAAAAUCUAAAUGAUUUGUUAACAUUCCCUAAAUGUAUCAUUUGUACCGGUGUACCGAUGACAUCUCUUCUGGAUUUUUCAACCCCUCUUAUCUAAGGGUGUGGGUGCUGUGUAUGAUUUAAACAUGCGUGUACAUGUGUGUUUGUGUAUGUGUGUGUGUGUGUGUGUGUGUGUGUGUGUGUGUGUGUGUGUGUGUGUGUGUGUGUGUGUGUGUGAGUGUGUGUUCACGUGCAUUUGCCGAUGCGCACAUCUGUUUGUAGGUGUUAGUAAGUUGCAUUUAAGUAUUUAAGUAAGUAGCGGACCUCUGUUUCGUCCGUCCUUCAAGAUGCAAAUGCAAAUAAACUACUGCUAGCAGCUCAGCAUACACUACAACACCACCACCACAUUUUAAAUUUGGUUAACAAUCUGUAUCCUUUCUGCCAUCAGCCCUAGAGCCCUCAUUAUUAGUUCUCUUUGUCUCUCCUUCACUAUUAACAUGUUUUCUGUGUCUAUGUAAAACAGUAAAGCAUAUUUAUUUUCAAAUUAUAUUGUUUUUAUAUAAAAUAAGGAAAAGGUU